AUGGCCAAGUCUUCUGCUGCAUUUCUUGUCUUCCUCUGCCUCUCCAUGCUUAUCAUCUCAAUCCCUGAAGUGGAGGCUAAGGUAGUCGUGAAGUUAAACAUAAAGUUGUUGGAGAAUGGUGAGACAAACGAGUGCGACCACAAAUGCAGUGAAGGCCAUGGGGAUUGCAAACAAUACCUAAUCCUAGCGUUUGCACCCGUUCCUUGA